UUUUUAUGGCCAGAGUUAUGGUGGCGGUGUUCUUGAGGAAUUAUCCAGGCUGUUUCUCUGUUCUCUCCUUUUUUAGUGUGAUACAGAAACCAGAACAAAAACAGAUCCAGCAAACCCACCCGCCCACCAUGACGGGUUGGCUUGUUAAGCAGCUUGGCUUGUCAGUUUAGCGAUUCUCGUCUUCCCUCCCGGCUGGACAGCUGCGUACGAUCGAGCAGGAUCUACGCCCCCACAUUUGGGGCAGCAGCGAGAGGAAUCCAUGGCCGUCGAAGAGAUUCUGGAAUGAUGGCAAAUCUCCUGCAGGAGGAGGGCGGCGGACCUUCAUUUGCCCCCGCAAAUUAAUUACCUCUUCAGGGAAGCCUCUGCCUUCCGAUGGAUGGCGCCCCCUUUGCUAACCGGCAGCGCGCUUGAAAACUUCCUUCCCGGUGUCCCGCCGCCUCCUCCUCCUCCUCCUCCUCUCUCUUUUCCCCAGUAGGGGUCGGUUGGGAAAGGGCUUCCCGGGUCGUCCUUCGGAGCGCCUGCUCCACCUGCAGAGGCUGAGGCAUUUCUAAGCCACACGCUGGCGAGCGCCCAGGUUCCCGUCCCCGAGAACGAGCCAGGAAGGGCGCCAGGAGGGAGAUCGGCGGAGCUGCCCGGCGCUUGGCUUACAGGUCGGCACCCGCAGGCAUGGACAGCGCCUCCAGCCUGCACCCCCAGCGCCAGGAAGCGCCGCCGCCGCCGCUGCUGUUGGAGACUCUAGACCGGCUCUCGCCUCGCUGCUGCUGCUGCUGCUUCUGAAAGGGCGAUCGCGGCUGCUGCUGCUACCUCUUGGCUCGCCCCCGCCUCCCUUCCCUUUCGGAUGGACGCCGCGAAGUAGCUGCUCUGCCGUGCUCCGCUCUCUCCCCCCGCAGAUGCAAGCAGGGAUCUCAGAUUCCCUUCUCUCUCCAGUCUGGAGCUCUCCACAGAGACUUCCACAGAGCCCAGCGCUUGGAAACCUCCGGAGUGCAAGUUGCGACUCUUAAGCAAUGGGCGCCGCGGUCGGAAGUCAGCGGGCUAGCGCCUUGCCACGGCGGCGCUUCUCUUAACUGCGUGGAUUGGGAAUAUUGGGGAAACAAGUUUCCAGAGGCGGGUCGGGGAGUUGAAAGUCCGGCGUUCCAGUGAGAGCGAGCAUGUCAGCAAUGGCAAUUAAAGUCGGCCGUGACAUUUUGGGUAUCGGCAAGGGGAGCCUUGGUUUCUGGGACUGGAAGUAGAGUCUUGUCAAUGUCACUACUCGUCCUUGGAACUCUCUUCUCUUCGUCCAAGGAAGUGUUUAAUGCAUCCUGUUUCUUCUUUUCAACUUGGCCAUAAAGGAUCAAGAAGAAUCAUGACUGAAAAACUCUGUGGAUGGCUACCAGUUUUCCUCUCAGCAUUGCUAUAUCAAGUCUUCAAGUGACAAAUAUCUCUUGGUGCCAUAGCACAUGGAUUUCAGGACUACAUGUGAAGAGACAAAGACAGGGAUUUGUUUGCUGCAGGAUGGUAACCAGGAGCCUUUCAAAGUGCGGCUGCACUUAGCCAAAGAUAUUUUGACGAUUCAAGAGCAAGACGUGAUCUGUGUGUCUGGCGAACCUUUCUAUUCUGGUGAAAGGACUGUAACAAUUAGAAGACAAGCCGUAGGAGGAUUUGGAUUAAGUAUAAAGGGCGGAGCGGAGCAUAAUAUUCCAGUGGUUGUUUCCAAAAUUUCAAAAGAACAACGAGCGGAACUCUCAGGCUUGCUGUUCAUAGGAGAUGCAAUUCUACAGAUUAAUGGAAUUAAUGUAAGAAAAUGCAGGCAUGAAGAAGUGGUCCAGGUUCUUCGGAAUGCUGGAGAAGAGGUGACCCUAACUGUAUCCUUUCUCAAAAGAGCACCUGCAUUUCUCAAACUGCCCCUCAACGAAGACUGUGCAUGCAUUCCUAGUGAUCAAAGCAGUGGUACUUCAUCGCCUCUGUGUGAUAGUGGUUUACAUCUUAACUACCAUCCCAAUAAUACGGACACACUUUCAUGUUCUUCAUGGCCUACUUCUCCAGGGCUUAGGUGGGAGAAGAGGUGGUGUGAUCUCCGAUUAAUCCCGCUGCUUCACUCCCGGUUUUCCCAGUAUCUCCCAGGGUCAGAUAUGUGCAGGCAAAAUGCAUUUCAAGUAAUCGCUGUGGAUGGCAUUUGCAGUGGAAUAAUUCAGUGUCUCUCGGCUGAAGACUGCAUUGACUGGCUACAAGCAAUAGCAACGAAUAUUUCCAACCUCACAAAGCACAAUAUUAAAAAAAUCAACAGGAAUUUCCCCGUAAACCAGCAGAUAGUCUACACAGGCUGGACAGAAGAACGGGAACAAGAUUCUCUUCAGGACAGAAUGUAUACACCAAAGUUUCUAGCGUUGAGAGGUUCUUCACUUUAUAAAUUUAUAGCACCUCCAGUUACUACGUGGGACUGGACACGAGCCGAAAGAACAUUUUCUGUAUAUGAGAUUAUGUACAAAAUUCUCAAGGACAGUGAUCUACUGGAUCGUCGAAAACACUGCUUUGGUGUGCAAUCUGAAACGGGAGAGGAUCUCUACUUUUCUGUGGAAUUAGAAUGUGACCUCAUAUUAUGGGAAAAGGCCUUCCAAUCAGCAACUUUUUUAGAAGUGGAACGAAUACAGUGCAAGACAUAUGCCUGUGUUCUGGAGAGUCAUCUUAUGGGGCUUACCAUAGACUUUGGCAUGGGUUUCGUAUGCUUUGAUGCUGCAACAAAGGCUGUACUAUGGCGGUACAAGUUUUCCCAGCUUAAAGGGUCUUCAGAUGAUGGCAAGAGCAAAAUCAAAUUCUUGUUCCAAAAUCCAGAUACUAAACAGAUUGAAGCAAAGGAGUUGGAAUUUUCCAACCUGUUUGCAGUCCUGCAUUGUAUCCACUCCUUCUUUGCGGCCAAAGUGGCCUGUUUGGACCCACUCUAUGUUGGCAGUCAGGCCACAGCUGCUGCUACCGCUGUUACUGCUGCUGCUACUACUGGUGCUGCUGUUGCUACAUCUUCUGGCACUAGCAAAUUGAAGUAUACGACUUGAUGGCUCCUAUUUCUGCACUUGCCACUUUCCAGGAGUACAUGAGACUACGUAUACGAAACAUUCAUCAGACAGGUCUCUCGGAGAACAAACAGCAAGCAAGAGAACUGACUCAAGAGACAAGUGGCAGUUGUCAGCAGAGUAUGGUCACAUGGGAUCAUGAAUUAAGUCUCAAUUUUACAAGGCAUCAGUACAUAAUCCAAGCAGAAAUCUCUGAGGUGGAUGAAGAUGCUUUUCUAGUAUAAUCUGAUUGUGUUUUGAAUGACACUGGAAACAAAAGAAACAGAAAUAAACGAAUGACACAGUGCUGCACUUAAGUAUUUAAUACAAUUUUCAAAUCUCCAUAAUAAUAGACAUUUUCUUUCCAGAUGUUUUUAUAUGACAACCUACCAAGUUCUGGAUCAGAACUAAUUUCCUCUUGCUAGACUAUAAAUGUCAAGCAAAGAGGGAUCAGUGUGUAGCAACAAGGAAGUGAAUGCAAAAAGAUGCUACUGUAUCUCCUUAGAAAAGAAAGCACCUUAAGUACUGUUGCAAAUUCAUAUUUGUGCCCUUUUGACAUAGAAUCAUCUUCAUUCUUAAUUUUGGUUCCAUCCCAUUAUCAUAAUGAUAAUAGUAUAGCCAUAUUAGGUCAACAUGUUUUUAAAAAGGAAAUAUAAGCAUAAUGAAGCCAUCUGCUAUUGAAGCCUAUAGUACUUAAGCCACUUAGCUCUUGCUCUCAUGAACAGCAAAUGAGGUGGAAAUUCUGUAAUUCUCAAAUUGCAGUUUGGGGCUCACAAAAUUCAGUGUUCUGUGAUACAGGCAGUAGCAGCCAGCAGAGGGGGGGGGAGCAAGGCAGCAGAGAGCUCAGGGUGGUGCAGGCACAGUGCUGGGUAUGUUGAAUUUCCUUCGCUGCUGCUCUUACACCACACUUGCUCCUCACUGCCUUGCCACUCCCUCAUGUAGAGAUGCAUGACUUAGGGAAACCAAGUCAGAAACACAGCGCACACAGCCACCACAUGCUGCUGCACAUGGGGAGGGAGGAAUCACAGCAUGUAGCGAACUCGAUGUGAGCAUGAAUGGUGGUAGCAUAGCCUUCAACAUGACAUGCUAAUUUUCUUUCUGUGUGAAUAUUUUUCAUGGAGAAUCUUCAUAACUUGAUGAGCCUUCACCUCAGAGCCUAAAGUGGUAGAGACUAAACACAGGUUCACCUGUUUUUGUGAGACCUAGGCCUCAAUUCUGGAGUAAUUCCAUUGACCUUAUUAGAACUACCCAGAAAUUGUUUGAGGAUCAUGGUCUUAAGCCAACAAAACCUUUUCCCCUUUUCCCUUUGCUUUCUUUCUACAUACAGAUUCUCCGUUGUUAGUAAAAAUCUGUUAACAUUCAGAAUUGUUUUAAUUAUGAAUGAAUUACAAAACCAAUGUUAAACCUGUUUAAUUAUGUCUUUUAUUAUUCAGUUUUAUAGUGAAGUGUCUUUUAAUCUGCCAGGCUUUGUUCUCAAAUCCCAAGUAUUAUAUUUUGUUACAGGCACAAUAAAGGUCGCACAAGGCUUCACUUUU